AUGUCGGCGCCACUAGUAUUGGUCACAGGAGCAACGGGCCAUAUUGGCUUCGGAGUAUUGGCCCGACUGCUUAAGGACGGGUAUCAAGUUCGAGUCGCCAGCCGAAGACAGACCGCCGUGGAAAAGCUUCUUCAACUUCCUUCAAUCAAACCAUAUGCCAGCUCUGUGUCCUUCAUUGAAGUCUCCGACUUCCUGGCUGAGCACGCCUUUGAUGAAGCAGUCAAUGGUGUCGACUACAUAAUUCAUGUUGCCUCUCCCAUACCCGAUCCAGCACAUGGUGAGAAGGACUUCAGCGUCAGGACGCAUUACAUUGAACCAGCCGUACAAGGCAACGUGGGUUUGUUGAAAGCGGCCUCAUUGUCACCCUCGGUUAAACGCGUCGUUAUCACCUCCUCCGUCGCCAUUCUCAGACGUGCCCCUGAAGGCGAGUCUACCAAAGUUGGUCCCGAUGACCUUGCACCCCUUCUCGAGACCUCGGAAUGGGAAGAUACAAAAAGUGUUCACACUGCAUACGCCGAGUCAAAAAAACAGGCCAAUGAUGCUGCUGAAAAGUUCAUUGCCCAACAGACCCCACAUUUCGAUGUUGUCCACAUUCUACCUGGAUUUGUGCAGGGGCGCAACGAAACCGUGACAAGCGUUGAGGACCUUCGCGAGCUGCGAGUCAGCUCCAACACCGUCAUGGUGAAAUACGUCCUGGGCGCGAAAGAUGGUCCUUUAGCACCAACCAACCUAGUCCUCCUGGACGAUGUGGCUGCUGCUCAUGUGGCUGCGCUCUCACCCAAGAAUGCUACCAGUGGCGAGCGUUUCAUUGUUACCUAUCCCGAGGAGAUCCCCUGGAACACCAUUGACCCGAUCGUGAAGAAGCUAUUCCCUGCGGAAGUCGAGAGUGGGUUACUGCCACUGGGUGAGACACUGUCUGGGUAUUAUGUUCCGUACGAUGUGUCAAAGUCGACGGAGAAAUUGGGUGUCCAGUUCCGUGGGCCGGAGGAUAUGGUGAAGAGUCUUGUCGGUCAAUUAGUCGAAUUGAAGCAUGCGGAGGCCAAGAAUUGA